ACUGGUUGUAAGUGGCCGCCAUUCCGGCCUGUAGCGGCAGAACAUGUAGUCCUGGCCUCUAGCACUAGAAGCUCGACCUCGACCUCGUCGUCGCUGUUAUUGUUGUGGUGGUGUUUUGGAUUAGAGUCUUUGUCUUUGUCGGGGUGUAAUUGACGAAGCAGCUCGUCUACGGCGAAAGUCCCUGACAUGCCUGUGCCGAUGACCACCACGGCCGCCUUGGAUGGGAGAUCCGGCGUCGAGCGGUGGUCUGCAAUUUUGUUGGGAUGGCAUGUUUGCCAAAACGAUGCUGUGGGAUUGGGUGAUGGAAGACUGGCUGGCCCUGUUGUGACUGGGGGAGGGUUGCCGUCGCUCAUGCCUAUGGUUUUGACCCGGCGUACGCUGGCAGAUGUCGGCCCUCGUUGUUUGUCAGGUCGCCGAAGUGCUGAGUUGGACUGUUCCAGCUUCCUGUUUACUAGCCAGAAUUAAGGUGUACUACUAGGAUCGAUGUUCGAGGUGCUUUUUCAAGCUGGUAUCUUCUCGCCAGCCCAAUCCUUGGGGGCCCCCCAACCCGCCGCUUCCACCUUCCCCAGCUUGACUACUAGUAUCGGGAGAUCUUCAGGAUGUGCUCCACUACUACGAGAUAACCACCUCCACCUGGACGGAAGACUUGACCUUGUGAGAGGACAAAUAUAAAAUUACAGCAUCUAUAUUUGCUACGAGGAUGUUACCCCGAGGGAACCGUCGCACCUGGCGCAACGUGCCUCGGUAGCAAGCCGACUUUGGGCGAUGUGGGUUGGAAAACGAUAGUUGGAUUGGACGGAACGCAUGUCCAGUUGUGCUGAUAUUCCCCUACCAACGUGCGAGGCUUUAGAUAGGACAACUACUGCCCAAAGCCGCUGUUGAAUGAAAAGGACACAACCGCAUUGCCUGGGCCAUCUCACGCACCGACUUCGGUGCCCCUGCCGUAAGUUCGUGGACCUGCUGAGGAAGCACUUCAGGCGCUGCAUCGUCAGCAGCACUUUCACAAGAGACAAGGGCAUGGCCCUGCGGUGGAAGUGGUCCAUUCAAGUCGUGAUCAUUCUUCCUCCGUUGUAACAGAAAUUGUCUGCGGUCCAUGGCUCUCUCCCAAACGUACUUCCAAUGAUCCCCGACCUCGUCCUUCCAGCAAAAGUCUCGCAGGAUCUUUUCCAACCGCGGCCACUCACGUGCCUCCAAGUACAUCUCUAAAAUGUGGUCCAUAACUACGUGGGAUUCCGGCAUAGGCGCGACUCGAAGCCCCAAUGCACCGGCGACAGCGAGACUCGCCCAAAUCAUACAGUGUUGCUCCUCUUUUGACAAAUUCGGCGCAUGGCGGGGCAUGGUCUGAAUGAAGUUGCGAAGAAGGGGAUCAUGGAAGAGGCUCAGCGGUUCCAUUCCACGGAGUUGGAACAUGUAUGCAAUGAGGCCAGAUGUAAGAUGAUAUUCAAUGGCUGUCUUGGUCGUCAGGUACAUGCGUUGCAACGAGGAUAAGAUGACUUGAAUCAUGACCUGACGCCUUCCGUGUUCCCGGCGGGCUGCUGGACACACAUGCGCGUCCUGUGGUGCGCUGUCCGGAUCUGCCAAAGUGUUGGCAGCUGAAAUUGAUGCGAGGAGCUUGAUCAUUUGAACCGAUAUCCGAGACCUCAGACUGAGUUCCGAAAGACCGGGUGGGAGUUGCGAGAGAAUCAUACACAACUCGGGCGAAAAGGGUGUCUGAGGGUAAGCCAACGGUUUAUAAAGAUCCAGCUCCUCAAAGGCUUCCUUGGUAUAUGCAGGCGAGUCUGAAGGAACCUCAGGCGCCUGGCCAGUCACAAAAGAUCCCAGAGACUUGUAGACAACCAAGCUGAGCUGUACAAAAGUGACCCAGUCAGACUGUGGCCGUGACUCUCCGACCGGGGUCAACGGACCCCGAAGCUGGAUCAUUUUGUCCAGUCCCUCACAAUGCAUGCGUACUCCGUCAUGGUUGCCAAUUAGGUAUUCCGUUGUCAUCAACAUCGUCACUGUCAAGAGAGCCGCAUCAUCGGUGCAGUCAUCUGACCGGAUUUUGGCAUUGAGACCCGCCAUCGCAUUCCCACGGUGUUGGACGAAUGCAACAUCCUCGAAAGUCGGCCUGCCCAACGAAAGGAGUAUCGAAGCUCUGCAAACUGCGAUGAUGGACUCGAAUAGAACCGAAUGCUUGAGAGCAAAAGGUAGCAGUAAUGAGAGAUGGGGGUUCACCGGGCCAGAGGCCGACGAAGACGCAUUUCCCAUGCCGUUGCAUGUCGUUAUAAAGAAGUCCAUAGUAUGUUGCACGCACUCGGUUGCUUUGAUGGGCAACACCGUGAAUGGAUCGACCCGGAUUCCAUUGGAAGGCAAAGGCUGAACCGGAGAAGGUAUACCUCUGGUGGAUUUGGAGCAUUUCCUCAGCCUAUGCUUUGCGGUUGGUGCCGGACGCGAUGCAGUCUCUUGUGUGUUUGAACUUCGUAGCGGAGACUCAGGAGGAUGCCAUUGUAUAAACCUGUCGGAAGGGACCUUUGAUUCCCAGUGGGAUAGGUCGUAUGUCUUCCAGCGAAUAGUCUUACAUUUGCC